AUGACAACCACACUCAGAAGAUCGAAGCGUAAGCAUAAUCUUGAGCCAGCACCAAAAAUCACUGGAAAGAAGCUUCGGUCAAACCUCCCUCGCCGGCGACGGUGCCAGAUCUCACCGGUGGUUAUUGUUUCCACUAGAUUCAAUGCUUCCAGAGAAAAUCCUCGUUUCUCUGGAAAAUCAAUGGAUUCUGAUUCUUGCUCUGACGACUUUGCCGGCGGCGAAGCUUCGUGUAACUCGAGCAGAGCUUCCGCUGUUUUCGCCGGAAAUGGAGGUUGCUCCAAAUCGAGCGAGAAAUUGCAAUGCGAAAUAUCGAGAAAUCGAAGAUUCGGGAAGCAAAAUGAAAGUGAAGUGUCGGAGUCUUCGUGUGUGGACUCCAAUGACAGAGUUCCCGAACGGAGCAGGAGCUUGAUUCUGAAGUUCAGAAGCGAAAAGGAGAGACGAAACGAUAAAUUCUCCGAAGCAUGCACGAAAUCUGAGAUCACUUGCGAGGAUGCAAAGUCCGGUAACCGAAAUUUGAAAGCGUCGUCGGAAACGAAGAACAAUCACGACGUCGUUUCGUUUAGCUCCUCUGGUGCUCGUGCGACGUCGUUUGAGGAGGGAAAGAGCAUAUCAAUCUGCAAGAUAAACAGAGAAUCGGAAUUAGAAUUUUCUCAAGGUUCGAGAAACCACCGCGAGGAUGAUAGUAACUGUGUUGAUUUGAUAGCAAAAUCGAAGAUCAAUCAAAGUACGAAUAGCUCCGAUCUCAAUUGCACGGAGCAAUUGCGAUUCUCAUAUUCCAACGAAGACGAAGAUGACGAAGACGAUGAGUCAGAGUACUAUUCGAGUCAGGGAACUGUGCUCUCUGAUCUUCGCUCAGAGAUGUUCAGCUUCCCUGAGUGUUCAGAACUUGAGCUUUCUGAUUACACUCCGUCGCUAUUCAUUGAUUCAGGAAGCCAAUUCUCGCAGGGAUCCGUUGGUGAAACUCCUUCUCCAACUCACUCGUUAUUUCUUCAGUUCCGUAACGAGUUCACCACGCUAAUUAUAACUUCUCCAUUCAACAAUAAUUCUUCCAGCGUCAAAGAUGAGGUCGUUCCUAUUCAUUCCAAGUUUGUGAAGUUCGAUGAUUUGGACGAAGAAGAAAGCUACCUGAUGCUGAGAGAGAGGGAGAGGAAGCAAGUUCUUCUGUGGAAUUAUACAGAUAGCUAUUUUUCUACCACUGAAUUCGGGGACCUCGUGAUUCAGCAACGCUCUCAAAUGGUACACUGGAUCGUUGAGCAAUCUUAUCGAAAACAGCUUCGGCAAGAGACGAUGUUUCUUGGAGUCAGCCUCCUUGACCGUUUCUUAAGCAAAGGAUAUUUUAAAGUCAAGAGAAACCUUCAGAUUGUUGGGAUCGCUUGCCUCACGUUAGCCACGAGGAUCGAAGAAAACCAGCAAUAUAGCAGAGUGGAGCAAAAGAAUUUUUAUAUUGGAAGUAAUGUGUACAGUAGAUGCGAGGUGGUUGCUAUGGAAUGGGUGGUGCAGGAAGUGCUUAAGUUCCAGUGUUUCAUUCCGACCAUCUACAACUUCUUGUGGUUCUACUUAAAAGCUGCUAAAGCUAAUGCAGCUGUGGAGAGGAGGGUCAAGUCGCUGGCAGUUCUGGUACUAUCAGCUGAGGAGCAGCUAUGCUACUGGCCCUCAACAGUUGCUGCAGCAAUUGUAAUCCUGGCUUGUCUCGAAGUGGAUCAAAAUGCCUUCCACACAGUCAUAGGGGUAAUCACUAUUGCUACAGAACUCUAG